AUGUUCAACAACAGUACAGAGAAUUGUUCGCAAUGUCUAUCAAAUAUCGAACUCUACACUGCCCCUCAGGCGUACGAACUAAACGUGACGACUACCGUGCUGCUGAGUGCGUUCCUAGUGUUGAGUGCCGUCGGGAAUAUGUGCACCUGUGUUGUUGUUAUACGGAACAAGAGUAUGCGGUCGCCCACCAACUACUAUCUUCUGAAUCUCGCUAUCAGUGACUUAAUAUUCUCCAGUUUCAUUCCCGUGGAGAUAUGCAUAUAUUGCCUGCCGGAAUUCUCACUGAGCGUCAAAUUGCUCAUCGCCCACUUUUUCUUCUACGAGUUUUUGGGCAAUUUUAGUGUGUUAACGAUACUCGCGUUCACCGUGGAGCGCUACUUGGCCAUAACUAAACCGUUUUCCGGACACAAAACGAUGCUCACAUCUCGCAUUUGCAAAGUUAUAACUACGAUUUGGAUUACCUCUCUGACGUUUUCGAGUUUCAACACCUACUGGAUUUAUAAAGUGCACAAAACGGACUACGCGGCUUGGUUCACGACGUUUCAUAACGAUUACCACAAAUAUUUUAUCGGUGUUUUGCUGAUAGUGUUUUUUGUUUUUCCCAUGUGUGUUAUUGUUGUUCUUUUUGUGCUCAUCGUGCUACAUCUGAAGUCGUCAAAACAAGUGUUGAGAGCGAACAGUUUGCAGACUACACGCAAUAGAAAACGGGCUACAAAAAUGUUGGCGGCAGUGGCAGCCUUCUUCUUCAUAUGCUGGUCUCCGUACUUCACGCUGCGAGUGAUGGCGCUCAUGGACUACAGUUAUCCAGACCAUAUGUGGGUAUGGCGCGUGAUCAUCUACAUGUGCUCCAUCAACAGCUACAUGUCAGCGGUCGUCAACCCCAUACUCUACAGCCUCAUGUCCAGGAAAUUCCGACAGGCUUUCAAAAGUUUACUCGGGGUAAGAGCGUCAUCGGCCAAGUCCAACAAAUCGCACAGCUCAAGGGAGAACACACAUGUCUGAAAAUACUGAACAGCGUCAUUAUAUUGGAAAACAUGAUGCACACGAUACAGAGAUUUGAAAUAUUAUGAAACUGGGAAUUGUAGAAGAAGACAGAAAUGACGCGAAACACGAAAGUGAAAAUGUUAUGAGUGAAACAAAAA